UAAACCCUAGCCCUAGGUUCUUCUUCCAACACGCACCACCCACUGGUUUCAAUCAGUCAUCAAAACAUGCAGAAAUCAACAAUCUGCAGCAGCGCCUCUUCUACCAUGAAGGCCCUUGAUUCUACUACCAUGGACACUGGUUUCUUUUUCGACUUACACAUGAACCAAACCAUUUCUUUAGACAAAACGAGGAAAAACACUCAUAAACAUCCGUGGGAAUCUAAACCCCAGCAUAAACAGAUUAUUAUUAUGUCAGAUAAGCAGCCACACAAGUCUUCAGGGAGAGGGAAAAGAACACGUGUGUGUGAUAUUUACAAUAAUGCCGAAGAUCAAUAUAUGUGUUUGGAGAGAGCAGGAAUGUUAUUGGAACGUUUAGGUACCGCGUUACCUACCUUUGCCAAGUGUAUGCUACCGUCUAACGUUGCCUAUAGUUUUUGGCUGUUUCUUCCAAGCAAAUUUUGUAUUAUGCACUUGCCAGAACAUGAUACAACGGUUACUCUGGUGGAUGAGUCUGGAACAGAGUUCAAAACAAAGUAUUUGAAGGCGAGGCAUGGCUUAAGUGGCGGUUGGAAGGGAUUUUCUUUUGCUCAAAAGUUACUACCGGGCGAUAUUCUUUUUUUCCAUCUAGUUGGAACCUGCAAGCUACAGGUGCAUAUAGUAAGAAGAUAUGGAAUAGAAGCUGUAGAAGCCGCUGUUUGUCUAAUGGAAAUGCAUCCUCGGGUUAAAAGAAAGCGGGCUUUAACCUCUGAAAAACUGAAGCAUGAAAAAGUAAAGGUAAAAGGUAAGAGGGCGAAGAGAUACCCAAAGAAGCGUGUAAUGGGACCACCAGUAUGGCGUUUCGCCCAAAUGGAUACCAAUGAAGAUGGUGACCGAUGUGAUGAUACUAGCAACGCGUUCAGUUCUAAUGUUGUUGAAGGGUCUAGCAGCAAUGAUUCGCAACAUGACCAGCGUGGCUGCGGUGCACCAAAUUUGUGCUAUGAAAACGGAAUCAACUGUGGGUCAGCGGCCCAAAGGAUAUAUUGUCCUACUGUUGCAAACUAAACACAAAGCUACAUUCAGUUAGAAAUUUUGGGGGUUGGAAUAGGAAUUCUUUUGUUUUUUGAAAAAAAAAAAGUAAAACUAAAGCAUGGAUAUGAAAGUAUGGUAGCUUUUACAGGCAUAUAUCUGUAGGAACUGACUCAAUUUUGGCCUUGUAUUAUGAUAUGGUGAAUAGGGUUAGAUACAUUUGGGUUGUUAGGAACUAGAUCAAUUACAUAUUAGCAUGAUCUUUCCCUUUUAUAUCUAUUUCAUCUCA